AAAAAUAUCUCCAGAGUUGGCUGCGUAGAUAUUCAUCCUACCUCAGGACUUUUACAAGCAGCUGAAGCAGUCUCUUCUCAUACUCGAGGCGCAGUUGGACGUGUUUCUAUUAUUACACAUCUGUUAUUUAUUAUUUUUCUUAUUUACAGCGCAUCUCCCGCGUGGCCCUCCAGUCGCUGUCCAGUACGAAGUGACGGUCCACAACACAACAACAUUCUUUGCUUAAUCCCCUAAUCCUUCGUACAAACCCCUUUUGCUUGCUACUCUAUAUCCUAUACCCGAUACACGAUCCGCGAUGUCUGCAGCGACGAAGAAGCCCCCAGCGGGAUCCGGCCAUGCACGAACACCCUCCUUAGUAGACCGAAACUCGACUACUUCGCCGCCAUCGAGAGGUUCUGCGCGGUCCCCAGCAUCUGCAGCAUCAACCGCAGCAACUGCGAAUGGGCUCGGACGAACACGCUCAUUGAGAGGGAGCCCUUUACCUGCGCGCGCAGUGCAACGACCAGGCGCCGGCGCUUCGAAUCUCAGCUCCAGCAGCACUGCCUCGAGCGCCGACGACGACGCUCGAGCCCAAACCGUCGCACUCUUAGAUGAUUUGAAGGAACGUCUUCACAAGACCGAGACAGAGUCUGAACAAUUCCAGAAACAGGCCCAGGUCCUACAACUGAGGUUGGAUGAGGCUCUGAGCGAGCAGGGCAGAUUGGAAGAUAGGCUGCACGAGAGCGAGGAGAGAUUGGAGGCUUUAGAAAAUGACAAGAGAGAUGCUCUUAGACAGAAGCGCGAGAUGGAGGCGAUAUACGAGGCAGAGAGGAGUGCCAUGACCAAGGAAAGGGAGGAGAUGGCGAACCGGGAGGAAGAGAUGCAGGCCAUCAUCCAGCGGUUGAAGGAUUCCCUGAAUCAGAGGUCCAACACGGACGAGGAAAGUAGAUUAUCGAGGCGCUCAAAUAAUUCUUCCCCAAGCGUGGAAGGCCAAUUCGCCCCUCCGUCUGGCCUGAAUCGCAGCGACUCGAAAAACAACUCCAAAUUACUCCUACAAAAGGACAGACUGAUCGAAUCCUUGCGACUGGAGUUAGCAGAGGCGCAGAUAAAGCUUGUCGAAACGGAGAACAUGGGUGGUGGGAGAAUGCAGGAGGUUGAGAGAUUACUCCUGGAAGCACGUAUGUCGAAUGCAAAGUUGAUGGAAGACAACGAGAGCUAUCAGUUGCUCCUAUCGCAGAAAACCUUGACCGGAGAUUUUACAAACAUCGACUUUAUGGGCCCUGCCGCCCAUGCCGAUACCCUAAAUGCUCUCGAAGGAAGACCGAUGGGGACGAGUCUUGCAGAUGAGCUCUCCGAAGCAGCAGAAGGAGAAAGCGACAACUACAGACGUCUAGAAUCCGAAUUGAAAUCUCAGAAGGACCAAAACAAGGCCCUAACAUUAUACAUCAACAAGAUCAUCGAGCGCCUACUCCAGCACCAAGACUUUGAAGCUAUCCUCGACCAGUCGGCCGACUUCAAUCCCUCCAAUAACAACAAGGAACUUCCGCCACCACCGCCUCCAAAAGAAUCAAGCGGGGGCAUCAUCCAAAGCGCAAAGUCCGCCAUGGGUGUCACCCGCCGUCCACGUCCCCAAUCCCAAAUGCCGGCGACGCAUUCAGCACUUACGGAUCCUGAAACUGCGCCCAGUAUCCCCUUUGGCCUUGGGCGCUCUGCAAGUAUUCGUGCCCGUCCAAGGAGCGAACAAUAUACAGCUGGCGCCGCCAGUGUCGUAAACCAAAUGUACAAAGGCGGCGGCCCAAUCUCCCCUACGCUGCACGGCCCCCAGACACCGCGAGGCUCACAAUCCUUCUUCGCGCCCUCGACUGCGGGCACCAACCCCAACGCGGCGCACCGCGUCCCGUCUACGGGCCAAGUAUCGGGUAACUUCCCAGGCAUGAAGAGCGAGUCGUCUUCCAUCAGCGGGGACUCAGGGGAGGUCAGUACGCCUCCGAAUGUGAGCCCUCCAAGGGGCCAGGAACGGACGGAAAAAACAACGACUUUUGCAGGGAACAAACCAAGACCGUUGAAGUUAGUGGAUAGCGCUCGUAAGGCCAGUGAUGAUGCAACAAACAAGAGGGCGAGCUGGAUGGGCUGGGCAUUUGGAGGAAAGAAAGAAGAGGUCGCGAUUGCGGAUAGUGGCAUUCCCGAAUAAAUCUCCUAGCUUACGAGGGGAUGAUUGGGAGGAUCGGUAUGUAUGACUUGGAUAAUUUGGAUACGGGGUUAUGGACUAAUAGACAUCACCUCUCCUUUGUUGGUUGGAUACGGCAUUCUCGAUAAGAGGCGUUACGCUGAAUUCAACACUCUAAAGACCAUAACGAGGACGGCGAAACGGAUGAGAUACGCUGGCGCAGGACUUGGUACCACGCAUUCGGGAUUGUCGAUGUUCGAGUUUCAAACUAAUAAUUCUUUUAUAUAAAUUUGAAAAGCUAGUAGAGCUCCUCACAGUGAUCAAAGUGUAGGCCUCUGUAGGUAGCUUAGGAUUCUCUUUUAACC